UGUAUUUUGCGAGUGAUCAUAAUACAAUUGUCCCUUACGCGUUCCCGUAAACUGAAAAGGCUGUUAUGGUGGAUAAGAAAAUAUCAGUGCGUUCCCAAGAUCCAAACCAACGGCGCGUUCUGGACUGCGCCACGCGUCAGCGUCGCUUGGUCAGACAGUUAGAAGCGCUCGAAAAAGACAACUUUCAAGAUGACCCUCACGCCAGCUUACCACAGCAACUAGCUAAGAGACUACCACAGUUUGAUGACAGCAAUGAAUCUGGUAAGAAGAGAAAAAAGACACGGGGAGAUCAUUUUAAACUUAGAUUUCGAAAGAAUUUCCAAGCUUUGCUGGAGGAGGAGGACCUGAGCGGUACAGAAGGACCGAACUACCUGACGGCAUGCGCCGAGUCGUCCAAACUGCCCCAGCGCAACUUCUGCACGGUGUGCGGUUUUCCGUCCCACUACACGUGCGUGUCCUGCGGUGCGCGCUACUGCUGUGUCCGUUGCUUGGGAACCCAUCACGAGACCAGAUGUCUCAAGUGGACUGUGUGACUGCCUCCGCUUUUACCGCUUCAAUCUGCAGCUUGCAUAUAUGAGGGGUACUGUGGGGGCAACACAUCACUCUCAAAUGAACUCCCAGCCUGACCAGUGGCCUGUUCCAUAAAGCUAGUUUAUAAAAUGAGACAGGCUCGUGUCAGGUAAGUAACUCACAUAAACCUGGCUCAUUCUGUAAACUCGCAUUAGGAAGGAGGCCUCCUGGUCUGACUAAACCAGGAAGCUGAAGGUCCAGGGUUAAACAGAUGCAAAUGCAGGAAGGACCGGCAUUAAACUGAUAACUUUACAAUGUGGAAAC